AUGCCCGAGUACGCCAAGAACCAGCCCGCUGGCUUCAAGAACGCCGUGGAGAGAGUCGCCAUUGUCGGUGCGGGAGGCACUGUUGGAUCCCAUAUCGUCGACGCUCUCCUUAAGACCGGAAAACACACACUUACGGCCCUCUCCCGCAAAGAUAGCAGCAACAAACUCCCCGAGGGCGUCCUCGUCGCCCCCAUUGACUAUGACAACGAGGCCACCAUCAUUGCUGCCCUCAAGGGCCAACAAUUCUUGAUCAUCACAAUGGCCCCCAAUGCGCCCCGAGACACCCACAGCAAGCUCGUCCAGGCGGCUGCUAAGGCCGGUGUUCCCUACAUCAUGCCCAACCAGUACGGUGCCGACAUUGAAAAUGUUAAACUCGGAGAGGAGAUAAUGCUGGGUCCGGUGGGCAAGGCCCAGAGGGACGAGAUCGAGAGGCUCGGCAUGCAAUGGAUUACCGUUUGCUGUGGGUUUUGGUAUGAUUAUAGCCUAGCCGGCGGCGAGGCGCGCUUCGGCUUCGACUUCGACAAGCGAUCUUUGACGAUCUAUGACGAAGGAAACAUCAAGAACUCGGUGUCAACCUUGUCGCAGGUUGGGUGCGCUGUGGCCAAAGUGCUGAGUCUCAAGGAGCUUCCUGAUGACGAGAACGACAAGAGUCUUACCGUGUCGGGGUGGCUUAAUAAGGCUCUGUAUAUUACGAGCUUUGUGGUCAGCCAAAACGAAAUGUUUGAGAGUGUCAAACGCGUCAUGGGCACCAGUGACGCUGACUGGACAGUUACCCAUGAGUCUACCAAGAAGCGAUACGAAGAUGGCCUGGCGCUGGUAAAGAGUGGUAACAUGGCUGGCUUUGGUAAACUGCUCUACGCAAGGGCGUUCUACCCAGAGGAUCCAGGUAAUUGCUCGGACAAGGCACAGAAUGAGCUGCUUGGUUUGUCAGAGGAGAGCUUGGAUGAGGCCACUCAAGUCGGAAUAAAUAUGGUCAAGGAACUGCAGCGUCGCCCUGAGCGUAUGGCGUCAUAG